ACCUGGACCAAGACCGUCAGUUGCUUACAAGCUAUCGGUUGCUGCGGUACUAUAUUACACGCACGAGCUUUUAAUUGUUGUUUUUCAUCAUUUCGAAUUUUCUUCCUCCUUUUUUUUUUCUUCUUCUUUCUUCUUCCUCUCUUUCGUCCAGUGUUUUUCUGUGGUGUCUGGUGCCUGUGCGUUUCGCCGUUCAAGUGGUGCCACUCGAAAACAGAAUUGCAGGAAAAGAAUUUUCUUUUUUUUUUAAACGCAAUCACUUUAAAGCAUCUUACCUUGAUUGCGCGGUGUUCUAUUUUUUUCGCACUGCAACGAAGAGAUUUUUUCAACGAGUGAAACAGAAUGAACCUCCAUCAGUGAACGGGACUACACGAUUCGAAAACAUCGAUUAUUAUUUAUUUUGAUUUUUUUUUUUUUUUAUUGAUUUGUACUUUUAAAAUUCGAAACAAAUCGAAUUGAAAACAGUGGAAUAGUGCGAGCGGGCCAGUUAAUUGAAGUGCUCGUGAUUUUGCGGGAUUUGUUUGACCGUCUCUUUUUUUCGAAAGGAAAUUGGAUUAUACAUAACUUUCCAGGACGCCGAUUAUUUUGAAGCCACUAGCAUGGCCGUCACCAACAUGUAUUACCAAGAGUUUCAGCAACUGUGGAUGCAAGAGUCGACCAUGAUGACGGACAACAAUGGCUCGUUGAUUGGUGAUCCAUUAGCGCCUCAAGCACAACCUGUCCAGCAAGCCGAACAGCAAGCUACUGUACACCUGGAACUGCAACUAGUCCAGCAACAGCAUGAAAAUAAACCUGCCAUUCGGAUGCCUUACUCGGCCGCUUCAUCCGUUCGGUUAGUAGCCGGAAUCAGCCCAAUCCAGCAGCAAACGAACGAAACAACGAUACCAUCGACGCGAGCUUUCGUCUUACCACCAACGCCCUCCUACAGCAGCAGCAGCAGCAGCAACAGUAGCAACAACAGCAACAACAACAACGCCAAUAGUUUUCAAGCGGAAGAAGAAGACGAGCCGGAACAUUUAGCGGCUUCGCUUUUACGCGAUCACGGCGUCAUGGAUGAAGAAGAAGAGGACGAAGAAGAUGGAAGUUGUUGCAUGGCCCAUCCGGCCAUGACACCUCAACAGGAACUGGAAGAAAUGUGCGCCAUGUAUCACCUGAACAACAGUCAACACAACCACAACAACAAAUGCAACACGCUUCCGCUGCUGGCCAACAACGAAACGGAUUUCGUCGAUUUGGAUUCGUUGCUGGACCAGACGGCCGAAAGGUACGCCGUCGAUUGCGGAGGAGGAUCGAAACUGCUCGCCGAAUCACCGACCAACCCCGUCCUAUUUUCCUAUUUGACGACGGGCGUCCGUUGCCCCAAUCAUCUCGUUCCAGCUUCACCUCCACCCGUCCCCAACCGUUUGAAAUCGAAUCACAAUCAGAUGACACCACCCGCUAGUCCGGAACAGCAACUCAAACAACUCGUCUGUUCGCGCAACAGCAGCACUUUAUGUCCAGUCGAUCUCGGUUUGAUAUCCAUCCAACAACAACAACAACAGCAACAAGUACAACAACAACAACAACAACAAUCGUCCAGUAGAGUCAUCACUCCGCCGUCUUCUCCGGAUUUGACGGAUUACCUAGAGGCCAGCAAAUCCAACAGCGGAGGGGACAGCAGUUGCGAAAGCGGAAGCGCCAUCAGUUUCGGCAACCAAAAUCAACAUCCAGCUCUGCGAGGACCGCUAGUUUCGCACGCGCAACCAUCCGAUUCCGCCGAGACGGAAGAUGUUGGUGGAAAGACGGGCCGCGGCAGCCGAGGCGGCCGGAAGAGUUGGGGACGGAAGCGAUUGUCGACCCACGCCUGUUCUCACGCCGGAUGCAACAAGACGUACACGAAAUCGUCGCAUUUAAAGGCCCACCUGAGGACGCACACGGGUGAGAAGCCGUACCAGUGCGCGUGGAAGGAUUGCGGAUGGAAAUUCGCCAGAUCGGACGAGUUGACCCGACAUUAUCGCAAACACACGGGCGAUCGGCCGUUCCAGUGUCAAAUGUGCGAACGAGCAUUUUCACGCUCCGACCACCUGGCCCUGCAUAUGAAACGUCACAUUAGCGUUUGACGAUUUUACCUUGAUGCCAUCUUCCGCAUCCUUCCCGCAAUUUCCUCCCUCUGUUUCCCUUUUGUUUUUGGUUUUCUUUUUUUUUUUUUCAUUUGCUAAGGGCGUUUGGGGCAUCGGGCCGUUCCAGCUGUCAAGGACGGGCAAGCAGAGCUGGCCUCGAGGGGAAAUUGCGUCAUCAUAUUCCUCUUUGCUCUAGAUUUUCACAGAAGAAUAAUAAAAUUUCAUAAAAGAAAUGUACAUGGCUCACGGUAAUUUAGGCCCUCGGGUUGUUCGUCGGGUUCGGCAGAAUGACAACUGCGAAUUUGAAUUUAGCGGGCGGGGGAAUGUGGGGGAGUCGGGACGACUAAUCAACAAGGUGUGUGUGUGUGUGUGCGCUGUUGUACACAGCUAUGAAAUUUCAAUAGAUGGGCAGCACACGCAACAUAACAAGUGAGGAACGCGGCGUGCCAAAAAUUCGAAAAACAAAGAAAAGUGCGGCAAACGAAAUUGCAGCGUUCCAUCUCAAGUCACACGCUCGAUGACGUCUUUUUUUCUUUUCCAAACAUGGAAUGGACGUACAAUGCAGAUUUAGUUUUUAAAAAGAAAAAAAACAAAACAAAAACAGCACUGCUACAUAGAAUCAAAUAUAAGCAAUUAAAAACAAACAAAACAAAAAAAAAAUCUAAUUCUCGUUUAGUUUUAAGAACAAUUUUGAAAGUAAUACGUGGCGGCAUAUCAUUCGUAAUUUGGCUGCCCAGUGUGUGUGUACAUAAUUAUUUAGAGCCUCCUCGAUUAGGAUUGCAAUACAUGUAUACACCUUCGGCAGUCUAUAUCCUUAUUUCUGAUUAUAGCGAUUGUGACGCUAAUGAAUAACAAAUGUAGUUCCAAUCUCAUCGCGAGUUAAACACGUUGAUAUAAUGCCCAGUACAACAAAAUGGAGCAACUUGCAUUAUUAUUACAAUCAACGCAAUUAUUUUGGGUUUCUGAUUUCUUUUCAAUUACAUAAACAUUUACUUAAAGCUGUUUCGAUCGUCGUAGAUCUUUUAUAAUUACAUAAUAGACAGCACACGCCGGAAGUGUGAUCUUUUUCUUUUCUUUUUUUUUUCUUACACUCACGUUCAAAAAUGCCCAUGCACCGCUCACAUAAUUAUUUGGGAAAAUUGAAAAAUCAUUGAAAAAAUCUUUUAAAAAAAUAAGGAUAAUUUAAUCGAAUAACAAAACACUUUAUGCUAGUGCUGUCCUACAUUAUCCCCUCCCACCAGCUUUCAGUGUACACCACAUAUGCAAAAAAAAUUAUUGUAGAGUUUAUUUUUUGUUUUCUCUCUCUCUCUAUUUUUACCUGCCCUACCUGUCCCCCGUUCACCUUCAAAGGUCAAAGACAUUUUUUUUUGUUUAAAAAAACAAAAUAGGCUUACCCUUCCUUGUUUUGCAUAUUUAGCGAAACGUGGGAAAGAGGGGGGUUUGUAUUUUUCUGCGAUUUUUAUACAAUAUAUAUAAAUACAUAGUUUCGUAACCCAAUCCUCAACUUUUAUUUUUACUUGUAUUUGGUAUCCCCCGCCCCCUCACGUCUCCACGAAAUGUUGGAAAAGAAAAAUUUCUUUUUGCUGUUUGUCUCCCCACCUCUCUUUUUUCGUGGCGUGUGUAAUAUCUCUCAAUGUCAAAAAUAUACAGAUUAAACUCCCCAAAAA